AUGGAGAUCAAAGUUUUUCUUGCAGCAUUACUAAUAUGGGAUUUAAGUACCUCUGCUGUUGGCUUCAACGCGUCUGCUGAUAAUAUGAUAAGGAUCGGACUAAAGAGGCGACCUUUGGAUCUUUACAGCGUAAAGGGUGCAAGAAUUUAUGUUAAAUAUCAUCAUAAGGGUUCAAAUAGGAAUUUUGAUGAUCUUAAAGAUGAAAUUGUAUAUCUAAAGAACUAUAUGGACGUCCAGUAUUUCGCGGAGAUUGGUAUCGGUUCACCCCCUCAGCACUUUGCUGUUGUUUUUGAUACUGGCAGUUCCAAUCUUUGGCUCCCGUCCUCGAAAUGCAUUUUCUCUACCGCAUGUUAUCUUCGUUCAAGGUACAGAUCGAGAGAAUCCACUACAUAUACAAAAAUUGGGAAACAUUGUAAAAUUCCUUUUGGCACUAGAUCAGUGCACGGAUUCUUCAGCCAAGACAACGUUAAAGUUGGGAAUUCUGUCAUAAAUCAGCAGGUUUUCACUGAGGUAACACUGGAAGGAUUUUUCACGUUCUUGCAUGCACGGUAUGAUGGAGUACUAGGACUAGGAUUUCAGGAUGUUGCUGCAGGACGAGUAACGCCAGUAUGGUAUAAUAUGUUGCUUCAACGUAUCGUUACCCAGCCAAUCUUCUCACUCUGGCUACAUCGUGAUCCUAAAUCUAGGGUCGGGGGUGAAAUUCUUUUCGGAGGUGUGGAUUGGACGCACUUCAGGGGCCGGCAUACUUAUGUCCCAGUUGCUCAAAAUGGUUAUUGGGAGAUUGAAAUAGGGGAUCUUUUUAUUGGAAACAAUUCAACAGGUCUUUGCAGAAGUGGCUGUCCAGCGAUUGUGGAUACUGGAACGUCUUUUCUUGCUGGUCCGACUACUAUUUUGACUCAAAUAAAUCAUGCUAUUGGGGCAGAAGGAUUUGUUAGUAUGGAAUGUAAAACUGUUUUCUCGAAUUAUGGGAAUUUGAUUUGGGAAAAGUUAGUAUCAGGGUUACAACCUGAAAGAAUUUGCAACAGAAUUGGUAUAUGUAAACAUAACGGCUCAUUUGAUGUGAGCCACGACCAGCAAAUGGUAGCUAGAGGUUCAAAAUUGGAGAAGCUACCAAAUGAUGAGAGCGCUUUAUGUUCUUUCUGUGAGAUGACAGUUUUCUGGAUGCAAGUAGAGCUUAGAAAAGAGAGAACAAAGGAAAAAGCAUUUGAAUAUGUUAAUCAGCUGUGUGAGAAGCUUCCGGAUCCUCGAGGAAAAACGUUUAUCAACUGUGACGUGUUUUCGCUGCCACAUAUCACAAUUACUAUUGGGAAUAAAUCUUUUUCCCUUUCUCCAGAUCAAUAUGUUAUCAGAGUCGAAGACAACUACGGUGCUCACUGUCUUAGUGGAUUUACAGCUUUGGAUGUGCAUCCACGACGUCCCCUCUGGGUUCUUGGAGAUGUAUUUUUGAGAGCAUACCACACUGUUUUUGACUUUGGUAAUCUACAAGUUGGAUUUGCUGAAAGUGCUUAGAGCAUAUUUCAGAACUGAUGAACCAAAAUAUCAUAAAAUUGUUUGGUUUUGGAAGUUUGGCAAUUUGGGAGCGUAAUAAAGCAUUUGUUACAGAGAAUGAUGCACAAACAGGUUGUGUAUAAAAUUACAUUAGUUAUGUAUGUGUUUCUGCUCUUAUUU